AUAUGAGUCAGCUCCAAUCAUAACUUAGAAACAAGAAGCUGAUAAAAAAGAAAAAAAUCGAAUUAGUGCAACAUUGCAAAUACGUGGGUUCUGUAAGAAAACCUACUUCUACAAGAGGCUUCUAUAUAAUAUAAAGUAAAUUGCAAAAGAUCGGUUAGCUGAGGAAACUGGGAAGUAAUGUUUGUUCUGGCACUGUCUGAAUUUUCCUGAAUAUUAGCUGUCAAUAUUUCAAAUCUGCUCCGUUGUUGAUUCCAAAUGGGCUCACCAGGACUCGUGUGGUUAGUUCCUGUCUUCACAGAAUGAUGGAUUAGCCUAGUUUAUAGAAAUUCAAAAUUGCUGUGGGUUGGCAAAAAAAACAUCGAAUUGCUGGUUCGUUGUGCGUAUCAUACACACAUCAUUGCUCGCUAACACCAAAACGCAUCGCGCUGCUGCUGCGCCGCCGCCCUACACCAACGCUCCAGAUCUUCGAAUGAAAAGCGCUUGCUCACUCAUCCUGACUGGAUUUUCUGGACGAUGGAUCACCAUCAUCAUCAUUGGUGUCAUCGCCUCCUUGCCGAUUCAUUUGCUGUACAGAGGAAGGAUCUAGAAUUCUCUUAUAUUCUGUCGCUUACUGUUCUUAACAGUUUUUGGGUGCAUUAAAGUUCUUGUGUAUGGUUUUUGGUCGAAAUAGUCCAAAAUGUUCAAGCUGAAUAUGUAUUAAAACUACAUAUGAAUAUCUUAUUUUAAUUAAUCAGUGGAACAUGGAUUUUUUUCCAGAAACGAUAUUGUAUGUAGUGGCAUUUGUACCUUUUCUUUCGCCCUCUGUGGCUCCAAACUACCGCGCGCGCUGCUAUGGACCAAAACUAUGCAGAUAAGUAACAACCCACAUGCAUGCGCUCGCUCGCGUUGACCUAAGCUCACUGAUUCAUGAUUGUAAAAAAAUAUUUUGAUUUUAUUUAUUAGUUUUUUUCGAAUUAAACUUCAAAGGAGAAGUGAGCCGUGGUUAUUAAAAACAAAGGAAUAGAGACUGGAACGGUGCCAGCCCAUUCGGAAGAUACGGAAGGCGGUUCAGUGCAUGGGAUCCAUUACUUCGCUUUUCUUCAACCUUGUCGUCUGGUGUAUUGGAUUCCAAAAUGAUCUUUGGCGGUGACGUAGGGCGACCGUGCCCAACUACUCAUCUCUAAAGUGCAUCUUGGACUCUUCAUACAAAAGACUUGAGCUGUUAGGUGCUUUGAUUGUUCUUACUCUGGUGUUGCUGGGGAUGAAAGAGAGGAGUUGACCUUUACUAAUGACACAUUUCAUUUUUGUGAUUGUUCGGGUAAGUUAGGAGAGGUAGAUAGGCCAUCCUUGACUUGCACUACUACCUCAUAGUACUCGAGCGCUCGUCUCUUCUCUUACCGCCAAGCACAUCGUGUCCUCCACCAAGAUGAUCUCCAACACGUCACCGUCAGCACCGUCUCGUCGGUCGUCGCGCCUUGUCGUGGUGCAUGGUGUUUCUCUGUUGCCAAGAAUUGAAUAUGGCGGAAAGCAGCGACAACCUUGUCCUAUCCAUCCUCUAUCCAUAAUCAACAAGUCGAUCUUAGCGUUGUUGUUGCCCAAUCUUAGUUUAUAUCAUGGCCUGCUACCUCAAAGCCAUCGAGACCAGACCGGACUUUGCCGUUGCGUGGAGUAAUCUUGGAUGCGUCUUCAACGCUCUGGGAGAAAUAUGGCUCGCGUUGCACCAUUUCGAGAAAGCAGUGACGUUAGACCCAAACUUUUUGGAUGCUUACAUUAAUCUCGGCAAUGUGCUCAAAGAAGCUCGGAUAUUUGAUCGUGCCGUGGCUGCAUAUUUGCGGGCUCUUAACUUAAGCCCAAAUAACGCCGUGGUUCACGGGAACCUUGCCUGUGUGUAUUAUGAACAAGGAUUUACGGAUUUGGCAAUUGAAACAUACAAAAAGGCCAUUGAGCUACAAGCAAAUUUCCCUGACGCCUACUGCAACUUGGCGAAUGCAUUGAAGGAGAAGGGUUUGGUAAAGGAAGCGGAGGACUGCUACAACACGGCACUUCGACUAUGUCCCACACACGCCGACUCUCUCAACAACUUGGCAAACAUCAAGAGGGAACAGGGGUCGAUUGAAGAAGCCACUGCUUUGUAUAACAAGGCCCUUGAAGUCUUUCCAGAAUUUGCUGCAGCUCAUUCAAAUUUAGCUUCCGUUCUACAACAACAAGGGAAACUCACGGAGGCUCUCAUGCAUUAUAAAGAAGCUAUUCGAAUCCAACCUACAUUUGCUGAUGCUUACAGCAACAUGGGAAACACGCUGAAGGAAAUGCAAGACAUUGCUGGAGCUCUAACAUGCUAUUCUAGAGCAAUUCAGAUCAAUCCGGCAUUCGCAGAUGCACAUUCUAAUUUGGCAUCGAUUCACAAGGAUUCUGGAAAUAUACCUGAAGCAAUUCAGUCUUACAGAACAGCACUUAAAUUGAAACCAGAUUUUCCAGAUGCAUAUUGCAACUUGGUUCAUUGCUUGCAAAUUAUUUGUGAUUGGUCAGAUUAUGAAGAAAGGAUGGAAAAAUUGGUUAAGAUUGUUGCUGACCAAUUGGAGAAAAAUCGUCUCCCAUCAGUCCAUCCACAUCAUUCUAUGCUGUAUCCCCUGACUCAUGAGCAACGUAAACUAAUUGCAGGAAAGCAUGCGUUGAUGUGUGCCGACAAGGUGACGGUUUUGCACAAGUUGCCUUAUCCAUAUCCUGUAAAUCUUGGUAGAGCUAGAUUGCGAAUUGGUUACGUCUCAUCUGACUUUGGCAACCAUCCGACGUCUCAUUUGAUGCAAUCCAUCCCAGGAUUUCAUAAUCGCGACAAUGUCGAAAUAUUUUGUUACGCACUAAGCCCAGAUGAUGCAACCACAUUCCGAGCGAACAUUGCUACGAAAGCGGAACAUUUUGUUGAUUUAUCAGGAAUUAUGUGCAAUGGGAAAGCAGCCGAUAAAAUUCAUGCGGAUGGAGUUCACGUGUUGGUGAAUAUGAAUGGAUACACAAAGGGAGCAAGGAAUGAAAUCUUUGCUUUGAAGCCAGCUCCUAUUCAAGUUAUGUGGCUCGGAUACCCUGGAUCUAGUGGUGCUACCUACAUGGAUUACAUCAUAACCGACAGAACGACUUCGCCGAUGGAAUUCCAAAGUCAUUAUAGCGAAAAAUUUGCUUACAUGCCCUAUACAUAUUUUAUUGGUGACCACAAGCAAAUGUUUCCUCAUCUAACGGAACGAGUUGUUGUCGGACAAUCUGAUUCUAAAAAUGGUGGUGUCCCCGCUGAUAAUGUAACGGUAAUUAAUGCUCCAGAUUUGAGCCCUGUCUUGAGGCAUGCAGAUGUGAGGGAAAUUAAAGAAACGGUGCAAGUAACAUCGUCACCUGAUAGCACAGCAACAACGUCGGUAUCAAUUUCUCUAAAAGUAGCAGAACUACCAAACUCUUCAGCGAUCGAUACCAUGAUUAGAUCUGGCCACGUGCACACUACCGUAAAUGGAUUGCUUCUACAAAAUGGUUUGGCGACUCCACAAACCAACAACAAAGCAGCUACUGGGGAGGAAGUUCCACAAAGCAUUCUUGUUACAACUAGAGUACAGUAUGGGUUACCAGAGGAUGCGGUUGUUUAUUGUAACUUUAAUCAAUUAUACAAAAUUGAUCCUGCUACCCUCAAGAUGUGGGUUAAUAUAUUAAAGAGGGUUCCCAAUGGGGUUCUAUGGCUAUUAAGAUUCCCAGCAGUAGGAGAAACCAAUAUUCUCUCCACUGCGACAGCCUGGGGCUUGCCACCUGGUAAAAUUAUAUUCAGUAACGUUGCUGCGAAAGAAGAGCACGUAAGGAGGGGGCAACUGGUUGACAUCUGUCUGGACACUCCAUUGUGCAAUGGACACACAACAUCGAUGGACGUCCUUUGGGCAGGAACGCCUGUUAUCACGUUGCCAUUAGAAAGUCUUGCAUCUCGUGUUGCAGCGUCUCAGUUGAAAUGCUUGGGUGUAGGUGAACUUAUCGCAAAAAGUCGUGAAGAUUACGAAGAAAUAGCUGUCCGGCUGGGAACGGAUCGUGAAUUUUUGAGAGGAAUCAGAGCGAAAGUAUGGCAAGGAAGGAUGGAGUCAACUUUGUUUGACGCCGCUAAUUAUGCUGCAGACUUGGAGAAAUUGUAUUUAAAAAUGUGGGAGCGCGUUGAGAAUGGUCAACAACCGGAUCACAUUACACAGCUUUCAGUUGUUUAGUCAUAAGUUCUUGACAAAUUAUUUUGAGAAUUACCUAUUUUUAUUGUUUAUGACUUGAACUAUUACGUCUGUGACAUUUUUUCAUUGGCGUCGACAGGUUAGUUUUCUCUUUAUUUGAUAUUACGUACUUAUUAUUGCAAAAGUUGUAUAAUGCACUGAACGAAAUCCGAUAACUAUAUAUAUAACACGUGUAUAUACCUAUGCUAAUAAUAAAAGUGAAAUGAUAUUAUGACGAAAGAUCAGAGAAAUAUUGAAAUAUACGAAAUUAGUAUUUUAAAA